CAAUAUUUUGAUGUCUUUAACAGAGGUGCGUGUGGUCACUUAUUACAAAUAUUUGAAACUAUUUGUACUGACUUAGUGAAAUUCCUACCUGUAAAUUACCGAAUUCUACAGAAGAACUGAAACUGAGCAUUACACGGAGCAUUAUUCGGCUAAAGUGGCCUAUGUGAAAGAAAAGACAAUUGUGUGGACCGCUCCGCAUGACGCAGAGGUGCUGAAUGCUGGUUUUCAUAGUUUUCCAUUCGCUUUCACACUACCAGAGAAUUGUCCACCCAGUUUUGAAAGUUGUUAUGGUUACAUUCGAUAUAUGAUAAAAGUGGAACUUGAUCGACCAUGGCGUUUCAAUAAAAGGGAUAAAAAGCUAUUUACAGUAAUCCCUGUAUUCGACCUAAAUGCUAUUCCCCAAACAGUGGAACCUAUUACCGGCGUAAAAGUCAACAAUUUGGGUGUUGCAUUAUUUAAACAUGGAAACGUCACUAUGGAGUAUGAAAUAUCCAAGUCAGGUUUUGCUCCUGGAGAAAUGAUUGUGGUCAGCAUGAAAAUCAACAAUGAAAGUACCAAAGCGGUGACAAGAGCUCGUGUGAAAUUAGUGGAAAACUCGAGAUAUGUGGCUUUUCGCACCUGGGAAUCUUUGCCUCCUGGUAUGUUCUUGGAAAACCGUGGUGAUCAUCAAAGGCUCAGUAGAAAGAUAGCGAUUGGAGAACAAAAAAUUUUUAUCGACAGUUAUAAAACUGGCAAAGCACAAAUUUAUCUUCAAGUUCCACCCACUGUACCUUCCUUCAGCACCUGUCCAAUAGUCGCUGUGGAUUAUAUAUUGGACAUCAAACUUGAAACAAAUGGUACUCUCAACCGUAACGUUGAGACAACUCAUCCUAUAACAGUGGGUACGAUACCCGUGAGCACUUCAACUCCUGACAUUCAGCCAUCUGCGCCUCCUCUUGACUCACCUGUGGGUCCUACCGUUGAGCCCUCUGCUCCACCAAUCGAAAAAUCGGGUGAACCACAGGAAACUCCCAGAGUUUAUCCAAUAUAUCCACCGCUUCCACCACCAAGCUAUGAGGAGUCAGUGAAUGGAGUUGAUGGCACGUCAUUAGACGUUGGCGACAUGGAGCGAUACGUACCAUGUUAUCCAUUCUAUGCUUUGCCACCCGAAAUCUCCAAGAGAAAGGACUAAUUCGUAAAGACUUAUGUUUUGUUAACUCGCGCAUAUUUCUAUUAUGUUGCUGAAAUGAGACAUUUCGCUAAGCUUAUUCGUUCAAUUUCAUGUUAUAUCAUUACGUUUCAUGUAACAUAAAAAUA